AUGGUUUACAUUUGGGACGCUCAACAACUGGAUGGGACUAUUGGGGAGUAUGGAAUUCCCACGAGAUCCCUGCAAGUUUCCACUCCCCUUCCGCCAUUUUUUCCCCCCUCACAAACCUUUGACGUUUGCUCUGCCUUUUGUGUGUCCCGUGUAGACGUGGACGAGUGUGAAUAUGAUUUGCACGACUGCCAGCCCAGCCAGCAGUGUAUCAACACCAUCGGUAGUUUCCACUGCCAGUGCCCGGAGGGCUACCGGAAGAUUGGCACGGAGUGUGUAGACAUCGACGAAUGCCGCUAUCGCUAUUGUCAACACCGUUGUGUCAAUUCCCCAGGAUCUUUCACCUGUCAGUGUGAAUCUGGAUUUCAGCUCGCCAGUAACAACCGCUCAUGUGUCGAUGUGAACGAGUGCGAGAUGGGAGCCCCUUGCAAGCAACGGUGCUUCAACACCUACGGAACUUUCAUCUGCCGUUGCAACCAAGGAUAUGAGCUAGACCACAACGGCUUUACCUGCAAAGAUGUGGACGAAUGCAGCUAUUCGAACUACUUGUGCCAGUACCAGUGUGUGAACGAACCCGGCCACUUCUCCUGCAUUUGUCCUCAAGGUUACAACCUCGUGAGCACCCGGCUUUGCCAAGACAUUAACGAAUGCGAGACAGACAGCCAUCAGUGCACGGAGUCCCAGAACUGUGUGAACUUUCACGGAGGGUAUCGGUGUGUGGAGAAGAAACUCUGCCAAGAGCCUUACAUCCAUGUCUCUGAAAACCGCUGUCUGUGCCCGACCACGAACCCCCUUUGCCAUGAUAAACCUUCCUCUGUUAUCUACCGGUACAUGAGCAUCUUGGCCGAUCGGCCAGUGCCCUCAGACAUUUUCCAAAUUCAAGCCACCACCUUCUAUCCAGGAGCCUACAACACCUUCCAGAUCCGUUCAGGCAACGAGGAUGGAGAAUUUUACAUCCGGCAAAUCAGCAACAUCAGUGCCAUGUUGGUCCUGUCGCGGGCCGUGGUGGGUCCCCGGGAGUUUGUCCUGGAUUUAGAGAUGGUCACCGUCAAUAACUUGAUGAGCUACCAGGCCAGCUCGGUGCUCCGCCUCACCGUCUUCGUGGGGGCUCACCCGUUCUAAUGGGGGGGGCAGAUCUCCUCCCCCCCCCUUACCUGGCGUGGCAAGGAAAAGAGGGAAACGUCUGUCCAAGAUGGAGAAACAAUGAAGACAAACCGAGGGACACACAACUCUACAGGUGUGAAAAAUGGAGUCCGAUGCCCUCCGUGGACUUCCCCACCAACUGCCCAUCAGAAUCACCGGUGGCCAAGCCUGGACAAGGCCCCGCAGAACCAUAGUUUAAAAAGACGUUGGACCCAAUCCACCCUUUCUUAGCAUCGUCCCUUGACCCAUAACGCUGGCCAAUAACGCAACCUUUUUCUCCUAAUUCCCCAGGGAAGAACAAGUGGGAUCAAAGAACCCAUCCCUGCCCUGGGAUGGAGGGAGGACAUUGGAACAAUUUCAGUAGAAUUCCAUUUUUAUUUCUCUGGUUGGAAGAGAAAACGAGAGAAAGAGAGAGAGAGAGAAAAGAAAAAAAACAAGACCAAUGAGGUUUAGUAAAAAGUUUGUUUUCUGGAAAAAGGAAAGACUGCAAAGGAGGGGAUUUGUGGUGUCUGUGUUGCUUGACUGGUUUGGGGAAAAUGGGAGCAGGGUGAAGUAAAUGGAAAAAUCAGCUCAGGUUUAGGGUCAGCUGUGGAAAGAGUGGCUUUACUCAAAGAGCAAUUGUAGACUGGGUGGCUUUUGCAAAAGUUUGAGUAAAGUUAUCUGUGUUUUAGGGGAGGGGAAGAGUAGAAAAGCACACCAGGAGGUGGACUUAACCAGGUUGAUCUUGCUCGACUUGGGAGCUCAGUAGGAUGCGAUGCUUCAAGAGAUUAUCAGAAAGAGGUUUCGUUCAACCUUGGCAACUUUACACACUGUGGACUUCAUGGCUGGCUGAGGAGUUCUGGGAGCUGAAGUCCUCAAAGCUUAAAGG